GCCUUUCUUUUUUUUUUUCUUUCUCAACUCUGGCGAGUCAAUUCUGUUGACUCUGUAAGGGAACGAGAUCAGCCCUCCAGGGUCCUAAAGCGCCUGUGCACUUCAGCUGGGUUCGGACAAAAACUGAAACAGACCAGAGAUGGCGGGUGAUUCAGUCCUGCUGGCUGCCGUCUCCCUUCUCUCUGCCUGUCAGCAAACUUAUUUUGCUAUAAAUGUUGGACAAGCAAGAUUUAAAUACAAGAUUUCACCGCCGGCAGUCUCGGGGUCCCCGGAGUUUGAGAGAAUAUUUCGUGCUCAACAAAACUCUUUGGAGUCUUAUCCCAUGUUCAUCCUAAUACUGUGGCUGGCCGGAUGGUACUUCAAUCAAGGUAAUUAUAAGAACACGUCAUCUCAUCCCAAAGAUGACUGUGGUGUUUAAACACGAUUAAGGGGCAGAUAGCUGGCCACACUGCUACCGAUGCUGGAAAUGACUUUAAAUAUAAGAAGAAAUACCUUCUUAUUGUGUACGUCCAAGUUCUAGGUGGACUCACAUGGCUUCAAUGUAAGUCAGUUCAAUAAUUAAAAAUAAACCCAAACACUAGCAGUCGGAUACAGGAGUAAAUACCUGAGAUUCCAACACUCAGGAUCUAGAGACAGAACUAUAUAGUGAGAUUCUGUCUCAAAAAGCAAGGGUUAAAACUAACCUAGGUUCAUAGAAGUCCAUAGGGGUCCAUAAUAGAGAUUUGACUGACAACCAGGGAGCCUGCAUGGGACUGGCCUAGACCCUCUGCGUAUAUGUGACAGUUAUGUCUUCAUGUGGGAUUCCUAACCGUGAAAGCAGGGGCGUCUCUGACUGUGUUGCCUGCUUUGUGGACCCAUUUUCCCUA